AUGGCUGCUUCAAGGCUUCUCCGACCGGCCUCCCGCCUCGUCUCGGCUUCGCGGCCAGCGCCCGCUUUCCGACCAGCUUUCCGCGCCGCAGCCAUCACACCAUCAAUUGCGAGGAGAGGAUAUGCGUCGGGACAGAAGGAGAUGACUGUGCGAGAGGCGCUUAACGAGGCUAUGGCCGAGGAGAUGGAGCGAAACGACAAGGUCUUCGUGCUCGGAGAGGAAGUCGCGCAAUACAACGGAGCUUACAAGGUCACAAAGGGCCUGCUCGACCGCUUCGGUGAGAAGAGGGUAAUCGACUCUCCCAUCACAGAGUCAGGUUUCGCCGGUCUGACCGUCGGUGCUGCGCUCGCUGGUCUCCACCCCAUUUGCGAGUUCAUGACCUUCAACUUCGCCAUGCAGGCCAUUGACCAGAUUAUCAACUCCGCCGCAAAGACACACUACAUGUCCGGUGGUAUCCAGCCCUGCAACAUCACCUUCCGUGGCCCCAACGGUUUCGCUUCCGGUGUCGGUGCUCAGCACUCGCAAGAUUACACUGCGUGGUACGGAAGCAUUCCUGGAUUGAAGGUCGUUUCGCCAUACAGCGCCGAGGAUGCCAAGGGUCUGCUGAAGGCCGCCAUUCGCGACCCUAACCCGGUCGUGGUUCUCGAGAACGAGCUUCUUUACGGUCUUUCCUUCCCCAUGAGCGAGGAGGCCCAAAAGGACGACUUCGUCAUUCCUUUCGGAAAGGCCAAGAUCGAGCGCCCCGGCAAGGACCUUACCAUCGUCACCCUCUCCCGCUGCGUCGGCCAAUCCCUCGUCGCCGCCGAACAACUCAAGUCCAAGUACGGCGUUGAGGCUGAGGUCAUCAACCUCCGCUCCAUCAAGCCCCUCGACGUUGAGGCUAUCGUCAAGUCCGUCAAGAAGACUGGCCACAUGCUCUGCGUAGAGUCUGGUUUCCCCUCGUUCGGUGUCGCGUCUGAGAUCAUGGCGCUCACCUGCGAGUACGCUUUCGACUACUUGGAGGCACCCCCUGCCCGUAUCACCGGUGCUGAGGUCCCCACACCAUACGCUCAGAAGCUUGAGGAGAUGAGCUUCCCUACUGAGAGCUUGAUUGUGGACUACGCUGCUAAGCUCCUUAGGGUAUAA